AUGUCAAAAUUUUCGACAACCUCCAAUCGCCAACUGAACACGCGCAGCUCCGACAUCGAUGCCCUGGCACAGCGUGGCUACAAUAUCGGACACAAAAUUGGUGAGGGUUCUUAUGCGACCGUUAUCACAGCCGGCUAUGCAGAUGACGCCGGCCACGGUGUACAUUUGGCCUGCAAGAUAAUUGACAAAGCUAAGGCACCCUCAGAUUUCGUACACAAAUUCUUUCCACGCGAAUUGGAAAUUCUAACAAAAAUUGAUCACCCGAAUAUCAUACAGAUACACAGCAUAUUGCAGCGUGGCCCGAAAAUCUUCAUAUUCAUGCGGUAUGCAGAGAAUGGUGAUCUAUUAAGUCAUAUCAAAAAAUCGGGACCGGUUGAGGAGCUGCAAGCGAAAGCCUGGUUCAUGCAGAUGGCCAAAGCUCUAAAGUAUCUGCAUUCACACGAUAUUGCCCAUCGCGAUCUCAAGUGCGAGAAUAUAUUGCUUUCGAAGCGUCUCAAUAUCAAAUUGGCGGAUUUCGGAUUUGCGCGCUACUGUUGCGACGAAAGCGGACGUGAAAUAAAAUCGGAAACCUAUUGUGGAUCGGCCGCCUAUGCUGCACCCGAAGUGGUAUGCGGCCGCCCCUACGAUCCCAAAUUGGCGGACGCUUGGUCACUUGGUGUCAUUCUAUUCAUAAUGUUGAAUGCGAAAAUGCCAUUCGACGAUAGCAAUCUUAGUAAGUUGCUGGACGAUCAGCGUAAUAAAAAGUUCGCGUUUCGACGGAAGCUACAAGAUCAGAUUACGGCGCAGGCUAAGGCCUCAGUGGCUGUGCUGCUGGAACCGGAGCCACAUGCGCGUUGGAAUCUACGCGAAAUAUUAAAUUGCAGCUGGCUGCGUGCCGACGAAGAGGAACCGUUGGCUUAG